CGGAUUAUGAAAUCAAAUCGAUGUGUUUCACAAAAGACGGGGGUAUAAUCCUAGUCGCAUCGAGUAGAAAGGGUUAACCAAAGUCAAAACCCAUAGAGGAAGUUAUGUUGAGAGCAUCACCAUCAUUCUUUCGAUUAACCACCACCACCACCACCACCACCACCAGAAUGUUCUCUUCUACUUCUUCCAUUUCUUCUCUCAGAAACCCUAACUUCCUCUUCCCUUCAACUUCAUCACCGCAUUCUUCAAAACUCUCUCUUCCUCCUCACUCUCUUUCGUUUUCCAACAAUCGCAAUCGCAAUCGCAUCUCCUUUCGAUGCUUCGCUUCUCGUCCCAUUCAUGUCGUCAAUCCCAUCGUCGAAAUGGACGGUGACGAAAUGACCAGGAUUAUAUGGACGAUGAUAAAGGAUAAACUUAUAUUUCCUUACCUGGAUCUAAACAUAAAGUAUUUUGAUUUGGGGAUUGAAAAUCGCGAUGCUACUGACGACAGAGUGACUGUCGAAAGCGCGGAAGCUACUCUCAAGUACAAUGUUGCUGUGAAAUGUGCAACCAUAACUCCUGAUGAGACCCGAGUCAAGGAAUUUGGACUGAAGUCUAUGUGGAGAAGCCCCAAUGGCACAAUAAGGAACAUUUUAAAUGGUACUGUAUUUCGUGAGCCCAUAAUAUGCCGCAAUAUACCCAGAAUUAUUCCUGGAUGGAAAAAACCCAUCUGUAUUGGUAGGCAUGCUUUUGGUGAUCAGUAUCGUGCCACCGAUACAGUAAUCAACGGACCGGGGAAGCUUAAGCUGGUAUUUGUCCCAGAAGAUGGUAACACUCCAGUGGAGCUUGAUGUUCAUAAUUUCAAAGGCCCUGGUGUAGCUCUUGCUAUGUACAAUGUUGAUGAGUCCAUUCGAGCAUUUGCUGAAUCAUCCAUGUCACUAGCAUUUACAAAGAAGUGGCCACUUUACUUAAGCACCAAAAACACAAUUCUCAAGAAAUAUGAUGGCAGAUUUAAAGACAUAUUUCAGGAGGUUUAUGAGGAAAGGUGGCAGCAAAAGUUUGAAGAACACUCAAUAUGGUAUGAGCAUAGGCUAAUUGAUGACAUGGUGGCAUAUGCACUCAAGAGUGAAGGUGGAUAUGUUUGGGCUUGUAAAAAUUAUGAUGGCGAUGUUCAAAGUGAUUUACUUGCUCAAGGAUUCGGCUCAUUGGGCCUCAUGGCUUCUGUGCUGUUAUCUUCUGAUGGCAAGACAUUAGAAGCUGAGGCAGCUCAUGGAACUGUAACUCGGCAUUUCCGGUUUCAUCAAAAGGGACAAGAAACCAGUACAAACAGUAUUGCUUCCAUAUUUGCAUGGACAAGAGGACUGGAACAUAGAGCCAAGCUGGAUAAUAAUGAAAAAUUACUGGAUUUUGCUAAGAAGUUGGAGGCUGCAUGUGUUGAGACAGUAGAGUCAGGAAAGAUGACCAAAGAUCUUGCCCUUCUGAUUCACGGGCCUAAGGUAUCGAGGGAAUUUUACUUGAACACUGAGGAAUUUAUAGAUGCUGUGGCGUCUAAUCUCGAGAGUAAGCUCCGAGAGCCUGCAACUGCAACGGUCUAACUUACUUUUUUUGUUGGGGUGGUAAGAUGAAGGGAAACUGGAAAAGCUAUGGCUUGAUGGAUGCCUUGACAUGGGUUAAAAUCCUAUAGCCUAGGAAAGCAUUGAACAUAGGAGCCUGUAAUGAUAAAUUUUUGGGACCUUGGUUACUAAUGGCUUCCGCAUUCUUAUUGCUUGUUUUAGGUCGAUUUUUAACACCCUUCAAAUUUAAAGUUACAGUUUGUAGGUUAUGAAAAAUCACAGCCAACGGAAGUGUAUCCAACAUAGGCUUAGACUGUAAUAGUUAAUAAUUUGUUGUUGAAAGAAACAGAACUGUAAUAAUAGUUAAACAAUAGAUAUCAGCAAAGUUUGAACUAA